AUGAAAACAGACACAUCGCCAAGUUUGCUGAUGACUUCCGUCAUCGUCAUUCUACUGCAGGAUGGAGAGUCCAUCCGCUCCGGCGCCGUUACAAUGCAUGGGCCUGUGGUAGAUUACUUUCGGUCAUGGUGCAACAACUGCUUCCUCCAACCGAAUGUCUCCAAAACUAAAGACAUGGCCAUUGACUUUAGAAGGCAGCCACGGAACCCCUCACCCACUGUGGUCAUGGGGAGUGACAUUGAGCUGGUCACUACCUACAAGUACCUGGGAACGGUGCUGGACAACAAGUUGAAGUUUGAGGAGAACACAGAUGCCAUCUGUAAAAAGGGACAGCAGCAACUUUUCUUUCUGAGAAAGAUGAACUAA